GUUCUGUAACAUAACGUGAGGACAGCUUCCGUCAAGAUAUCGUAAUGUUCAAGGAUCUUCUUCUGAUUUUUUGUUUAGCCACCAUCGCCUUAGCGGGCGAUUACGAGGAUUACGAAUCAAUGGAACACACCGAUCAUUCAAAAUACGAGUACGAAUAUGGCCCCAAAGAUUUCCCCACCAGUGGCUACAAGAUUCACUGGGAAGAGCUUGAGGACAAUAGUGUCAAACAACCCAACACUCUCAACGAAACAGUGAUAUCUGCAGGUGUUGUUGAAUAGAAAGAAUUUUCUCAUUAUUUAUAGAUUUGUGAAAGAAGUUCCUUCUAUCAACACCACAACUAUUCUUCCGGACGUCACAACAAAAACCAUGGAAAAUAAGCAAAUAAUAUCAAUGUUAGCAAAUGUCACUGUAAUGACUCCUGUGACAAAUCAAACACUAAAAGCAGAAUCUAAACAACCGCUACCCAAAAAAAUAAGCUGCUGUUAAUUAAAAAUCUUCCCUUUUAUGCUAAACAGGCAACUUGGUACGUCUUAUGGAACAUCGAUAACAAACGUCUUUUUUAUCUCGUUGAUUUGUCUUAAAAUAUAUAAUAUUUACUUGCAAC